AUGGCGAUACGCCGCACCUAUUCGUCCAAGACCCCCUCACUCGCCAUCCUCGACGACUACCUGAACACUUCGUCUUCUCAUUUCGCCAAAAUCCCGCCUUCCCAGCUCCGGACCACCACCUUCAACGACAUCAUCGCCCCAAGCGACGAGGUGGACUCGGCGCGGUUGGUCGAGCGGCUCCAGCCCUUCGAACUCAUGUCAACCGUCCGCAAACGCACCACCUUCCCAGGCUCCCUCCUACGCCAGCUGCACAAUCUCAAACUCCUGCUGGCCACUAAUACGCAGUUUGAGAUGUUUGACCUCGCAUCAGCAAGGCAGCUAGGCAUCAAGGUCGUCGCAGCCCCUGGUCUGGGUCGCACCAACCAGGCUGGACCUGUAUGCCCUAACAUCAAGAAGGGCAGCGUCCACCCCACGACACAGCACGCUUGCGCACUGAUCCUAGCCCUCGCCCUCAAUGCCGUCGCUGACGACGCCUUGCUCAACGACGCCCUGCUCAAGGCGGGUUCUGGAUCGUAG